CUACGACAAUAGACUCUCAAUAUCGGACAUAGUUUAUAAUAAAGUGGUGAACAUGUGUGGUUGAGUACAUAUAUCUUUCAGAAUCAUGCAUUUGAAAUCCAAAAUAAAUCAUGAUUCUCAACAAAUGCGUCUUCUCUCUGCGCAGUGUUCGUUUAAUCCGAAUCUAGCCGAAGAUACCCGAGUGCACCGUGAUUUGCAAGGACAGUAUCGUAGUGAAUAUACGGUCACAAAUUUUUCCAAGUUUUUAUGUAGUUUGACAUAAAACUAUAUUCCUGAGUAGUUUUGUGUAUAACAUCAAAUAAAUCUUUUAAUGAUCGCGUAAAAGAUGUUAUUGGCAAAUUCACUGUGAACCCUGCAUUCGGAUAGUCGUGUGGUAUUGAUAUUAUACAAAAGAACUUAUGGUAUUUUGUGACAGCACACGAUAGAUACGGGAGUGCGAUACCGACGAAUCACGUUUCCCUAGGAAAUAUCCCUAGGAUCGAAAGAUCACUUGGUGCAAGUGGUAAUAUCGGUUGUAUUUACCCCCACCUCUACGUUCGUUGCUCUGUGUGCCGUUUGGCGUAUUCCACUGUCGGAGUUGUGAAGCAACGAAGCGGUUUCGUCAAAUGUGUCGCAUUAUGUGUGCGUUUCGUGCUGUUUCUGAAUGAGUUUAUCAUCGAUUAAGUGCCUAAGGACGACACAGUGCGUUCAAUUUGAUAAUAUCGCUGCGGCCAGUGUGGGUAUGUCGAACGGUGAGCGAUGACACGCCCGUGAAAAAAACGAUAACAACGGCGGUGUAUCCUUUGAUUGAUCAGAAAGGCACAGAGACAACUCAGUACGCGAAGGACCAUCUUUGUGUAUUUCUGUGUGAUUACAUUAAACAAAACAUGCUUCAACCGAGAACCGCGUGCAUCAGACGGUAAAGAAGAAAAUAAGGGAAUGGCUAGUUUGAUGGUAACUGCCUCAAGUAAGAAUAGUUCACGCAGUACAUCACCCAACAGAGGAAAUACAUCGACAUCACAACAACAGUCAGUUAGCUCGGAUCAUACUCCAAAAGCACGUAAUGUUUCACUUUCCCAAACAGGGGAGGGUAGUACAGGCAGUGGAAGUAGCGGUGGAGGCAGCUUCAGUAUGAAAGGUAGUAGGCAAAAAUCACCAGGAACUGUGAUUCGAGUAGGAGAUGCUAUGGAUGAUCCAAAUACCAAUCAAAUCACUGCCGAACAAGAUGAGUUUGUGCCAAAUAUUCAUCCACCCACUGAUGAUGAGGGAGAGCAGUAUCACGCAACACAAUCGUUCCUAUCGAAUGGCUCCUCCGAGCUAAUAACAGACGAUGUUGACUCUAACUCUGCUCGUGUUUGUCAAGCUAUUGAGCAUAUUCAAAAUAAAAUUGCUAAAACACGAGAGCUUAUAAGAAUAGAACAAACCACCCGUGAUGAAAAUGUUAAUGAGUAUUUAAAAUUAGCUGCUAAUGCAGACAAACAACAACUAAAUAGAAUCAAGGCAGUAUUUGAGAAAAAGAAUCAAAAAUCAGCGCACAGUAUUUCUCAACUCCAAAAAAAAUUGGAUAGUUACACGAAGAAAUUGAAAAAUUACGAGAUAAAUGGAGCACCUGCGAGUCAUAGGCAACCUAGAGAAGUGCUUCGUGAUAUGGGACAAGGACUCAAAAAUGUAGGCGGCAAUAUUAGAGAUGGAAUUACUGGUUUUUCAGGAAGUGUUAUGUCAAAACCAAGAGAAUUUGCACAUUUAAUAAAAAAUAAGUUCGGUAGUGCCGAUAAUAUAAACACCUUAUCACUUGAAAGUAAUGGCUCGACUUUUUAUGUAAACGAUACACCGCGUGCAGGUAAUGGAGAUAACGCUAGUGUUGAAGAUGAAAAAGCACACCACGGAUCAGCAACGCUUCCCGGUGGAUGUAGUUUGGGCUCGACACACAGUGCCGCGGCAAUUAAAUUUCCGUCUGAAGAAGGUUCAGAAUGUUCUAGCGUCACGAGUGAAAGUGGGCCCGGUAGUAGAGGUCAAGCACACACGUGCCCUAGUAAUAAUAAUUCUGCACUUAGUCUUAAGUCCAUUUUCACCGAGUUACAAGAACACAGAGAAAACUUGGAUAGGAUGAAAGAAAAAUUAGAGGGUCUUAAGACUCUACAACAGGAGGUGACAUAUCUUUCCCAUGCUUUGCAAGAGGAACGAUUUCGAUGCGAACGUUUGGAGGAACAAAUCAAUGACCUGACUGAACUCCAUCAAAACGAGGUAGAAAAUUUGAAACAGACGAUAACAGACAUGGAGGAAAAAGUGCAAUAUCAAAGCGAAGAUCGUUUAAGAGACAUACACGAAAUGCUGGAAUGUUGUCAGACUAAAAUUUGUAAAAUGGAACACCAACAGCUACAGCACCAGCAAUAUGUGACGUUAGAGGGUCUGGAUAACAGUAACGCGAGGGCGUUGGUUGUUAAACUCAUAAACGUAGUAUUAACAGUGUUGCAAGUUAUUCUACUUCUUGUUGCAACAGGUGCUGGUAUAAUGAUGCCUUUCCUAAGGACCAGCUGUACUAAGCCUCAUUGUUUCAUGUGCAGGGUGCGCAUAUUAACAACUACGUUUGUUGUAUUGGGAAUAGUGUUCGUUCUCAAACAAUGGCCUGAGGUUCACGAUGUUGGCAGUCACCUUAUGCGCCAUCUUAAACAAAUCCUCGCCGUUAAGUAGCAUCGGUGGAAUACUUAAAUUUAUUAUACCCUGUGAUGAAGAACAAUUGUACACAAUGAUCAACAUUUUGGACCCAUUUAUAUCAGUGCUGUAGUUUUGGAGCAAUAAUAGUAGGUAUAUGCGCAAAUGAUUUUAUUUAUAUUUGAAAUUUGAUCAUGUUCACCAUUAUUCGAUUAAACGAGGCGAGUGAUUAAAUCAAUUUGAUACUGUUAACAGAAUUAUUACAUAUAAAACAUAUUUUGCUGUGCAAAAAUGUUUCACUUAGGAAGAAAAGGGUAAUUUUUCCUCGAGACGAUAGAUGAAAGUGUCUCUUAUCCCUAAUGCAAUUGUUACGAAUUUAUUGAUAUCCUCUUUAUUUUUACCUGAACAAUUUUUAUUCUUUUUUUUUUUUUUAAGGAAAACUAUAGUCCAUGUAUUUGCACGGUUAGUUGAGUGCUCUUAAUGUAAAGAUGAUUCUGCUUUGUAAUGAAAUUAAAACAUCUAUCAACCAUAAAGAGAGUAGUAAUUAUAACGCUGUACGCUGAUAUUGCUUGAUUACAUACGGCACAUUGUUAGAAGAAUUUACUCCGGUGUCAUAUAAUUACGUUCACUUUUACAUAAAUCAUUGAUUCAAAGGUAGAAGAGAAAUGUUCUAUCAAGUGUCUGUGGGAGGUGUUAAAAUAUUUUUCUUUUACUCCAGAAAUAUAGUUGGUAUAUUUGAUACCGCAGAACUAAACCAAGUAUUUGUAAUUAAACUCGUCCAAUUGCUAAACAAUAAUGUAAAUUAAGAAGAAUAAAAGUACACUUAAAAUAAUUGUAGGAACUUUUCACAUUCAGAAUGUAUAAAGUAGUAUGAUGUACUCUUUUAGUAUUCGAUGAUAGGAUGAUUUGAUCAUUUUUAGAAAUUGCAACGUUUCUAAUAACCUUUAUGUAUAAUUCAUAAGUUAAUUCUACAUUCAUGGGAACUUGAAAUACAGACAAAUGUGUGUAUAUACCAUAACAUCAAAUAUCAAAAGAGGACCAACAUGCUCUUUUCCUCUUACUCUAUAACAGUAAUUUAUUUCAUAUGCAAUGUAGAAUAACACUUGUUUCAGAAUAAAUGAUAUUUAGCUAUUUAUGCUCUUCAGUCUCAUGAGUGUUUGAAAACCACCACAGACACAAGAAUUACAUACAUAUACUGUAUCGAACAUAAAAGAAAUGAACCAUGACAGAUAUUGAAAUGAGAGAAAGACUGAUGGACUACAUCGCUGUUAUAAUUGUGAAUAAUUUAAUAUUUGUGGCGAUUUUAUGUUGCUAAUCAUUGAGGAAUGUUAAGUCGAUAGAAUGAUAAUGAAAAAAAAAAAAAUGAAUAUAAGAAUAAUAAUGAUGUAACAUGCAAAAUUGUAUAAUUAUAUGAAGAAAAAUGAAUUCAUAAAUUAACAUAGGUGCUCAAAAAUCUGUGAAUGUGUAAAAUAUUUUGAUUGUAUUAUUGCUACUUAUAGGGCGAAAUAUCAUUUGUUUCAUCUUGAUUUGUUUUCUAGUUUUUGUUUUUAUAGUAUCAUCAAAACCAUAAAGUCAUUCAACUUUCAAUGAAACUUCGCGAAUCAUUUGUAUAUCAAGGAAGAAAAAAUUUUUCGAUCAUCAUUGAUAUAAUCUUUUUUACCCGGUAAAAUAUUUCACAAACACAUUUCUAAUUUGUAUUAUAUUCACGUAUUAGAUUUUCUGUUAUUUGUAUAUGUUGGGCUAUGUAAUGUUAUUAUUUCGUUAAUCGAUAAAAAAAGAUACGGAAAAUCAUUUUUAAUCAAUAAUACUUGUAAAUAAAAUAAAGUUUAUGUGGUAAUGUAUUUCGUUUGUUAUGCUUGUUAUUCGUGAAUACAAAAUCAAAUUUCCUAAUUUUGUAUUUGACGGUAUAAUACAUUAUUAAAAAUAUUAUCAUCUUCAAUCCCUGUAACAUAUCUUAUUUUUGUCUUCGUUUAUCUUUUUUUAUAAUGUUUAUAAAAGGCGAUCACUUUUAUAAUUUUAUAACUUUUUUACACCUUUGAUACAAAUGCUGCUAAAAGAUAUUUCAUGAGAAUCAUCGAAAAAAUUGUUAAUUCAUUAAUAAUGGAAGUUUGAUCGUGUAUUUAUAUUUGUAUUAGGUAAAUUUUUAUAUUAUCUCGGAUCGCGUGUAUCUUUAUUUUCUCAUAUCGAUUUUCCUUUUGUAAUUGUAUCAUAAUUACUUUGUUUAAUUAAACCUGUUCAUUGAUUAAAAGAACGUUUCUUUCGAACGAUCCUCUCGUUGCGUUCCUACGAAUAAUUUUAUUGUUUACGAAUUUAUAUAAGUAUGUCGCUGUGAUUAUUAUUAAGUUUAUACGUAAGUGUCGAGGUUGCAAAUCAGUUUUGAGAUCAAUAUAAUUGUAAAUGGAAAUUUUGAAUGCAUUUUUUAUGUCUGUAUUUUCGUACCAAAAUUGUAACGUGAAAAGGAAAAAGUGUUUGGAAGAAUGAACGAUAUUCAAAGAACAACAAAAUACAAAUUUAUUGGUUCAAUUAAAUGUUACAUAGAUUUUAAUAUUUUACAAUCAAACUGUGUUUGCUUAUUAUUGUGUAAGUGACAACUAGAUAAAAUAUAUGUAGAGUGUUCAGAAA